AUGUCGUCGUCCGCUGUGUACAUACUGGACGUGAAAGGGAAAGUGCUUAUUUCUAGAAAUUACCGGGGUGAUAUUGAUAUGGGGGUUAUAGAAAAGUUCAUGGCCCUUCUCAUGGAGAAAGAGGAGGAAGGAAUGUUAACUCCAAUACUGCAGACGACUGAAUGUACAUUUGCUUACAUUAAAUACAACAAUUUAUAUAUCGUAUCAACCUCAAAGAAGAAUGCAAACAUAGCAUUGGUAUUUGUUUUUCUUCAUAAAAUAGUUCAAGUAAUGAUUGAGUAUUUCAAAGAGUUGGAAGAGGAAAGUAUUAGAGAUAAUUUUGUUAUAAUUUAUGAAUUAUUGGACGAGCUUCUUGAUUUUGGUUAUCCUCAAACUACUGAUAGUAAGAUUCUUCAGGAGUAUAUAACCCAGGAAGGUCAUAAGCUUGAAAUACAGCCAAGGAUACCUAUGGCUGUGACUAAUGCAGUUUCUUGGAGAUCAGAGGGCAUUAAAUAUAGGAAAAAUGAAGUAUUUUUAGAUGUAAUAGAAUCUGUUAAUUUGUUGGCAAAUGCUAAUGGCAAUGUUCUUAGAAGUGAAAUUGUGGGUGCUAUUAAAAUGAGAGUGUAUCUGUCAGGUAUGCCAGAAUUGCGGUUAGGUCUUAAUGAUAAAGUACUCUUUGAAAGUACUGGUAGAGGAAAAUCAAAAUCAGUGGAGCUAGAAGAUGUCAAAUUUCAUCAGUGUGUUAGAUUGUCCAGAUUUGAAAAUGAUCGUACAAUUUCAUUUAUACCACCUGAUGGUGAAUUUGAAUUAAUGUCAUACCGUCUUAAUACACAUGUAAAACCUCUCAUUUGGAUUGAAUCAGUUAUUGAGCGGCAUGCUCAUAGCAGGGUAGAGUAUAUGAUAAAGGCAAAAUCACAAUUUAAACGUAGAUCAACAGCCAAUAAUGUGGAAAUUGUUAUACCUGUACCUGCUGAUGCUGAUUCUCCAAAGUUUAAAACCACUAUUGGCAGUGUGAAGUAUGCUCCUGAACAAAAUGCUAUUACAUGGACAAUAAAAUCCUUUCCAGGUGGAAAGGAAUAUUUAAUGCGUGCCCACUUUGGCUUGCCUAGUGUAGAGGGUGAAGAUAUAGAAGGGAAGCCUCCUAUACAAGUAAAAUUUGAAAUUCCUUAUUUCACAACCUCUGGAAUUCAGGUAAGAUAUUUGAAAAUCAUUGAGAAAAGUGGGUAUCAAGCUUUACCAUGGGUGAGAUACAUAACACAAAAUGGUGAUUAUCAACUUCGUACCAGCUAA